AGAAGAGGAGAGGAGGAGAGGAGGGAGGAUGCUGAGGAGGAAGAGGAGUGUGUCGUUCGGAGGAUUCGGAUGGAUCGAUAAGUCCACAGUGAGUGCACUCAGAGCCCGGAAACAGGAGUCCAAUGUGUCGUUGUCCAACUGUCCCCCGUCUCCCCCCAGAACGGCCCCGCCCACCAUCAAAACGGCUCAUUUCUUUGGCUCCAUGGACAAACUGGAGGACGACUACAUCCCCUACCCCAGCAUCCAGGAGGUGCUGCAGAGGGGGGCGCCGUUCCCUCAGGUGGUGCGUCCGCAGUUCGGGGGAUACUGGAUCGAGGACAGCGUGGAGGAAGCGGCCCCGGGGGAUUGUGGGAUUGAGGAGGCGGGACAGGAAGUGGCGCUUGCCUACAGGAAGUACUUCGUAGGACGGGAGCAUCUCAACUUCUGCAGCUCCGGUGGCGCCGCGGGGCCCCUCCUGCUCUCGGUGCGCCACGAGACCCGAGACCAGGACUUUAUCCACGUCAUCAUCAGGUCUAAAGAGAAAAGUGUUUAUCAUCGUCUGUCUCUGAGUGAAGUCCCAGAAAUCCCCAGUGUCCCUGAACUGGCCCAGUUGCUGAGUCCAGAGGUCGGGGCCCAGCGCUUUUGGCCUGUCGUCUUCCCAAAGGCGUCUGAACUCAUCGUGAACUUCGACGAACACGAGGUCAACAGCACCUUUAAGUUUGGAGUGAUUCUGCAGAGGUUUGGACAGGUGACGGAGGAGGAGCUGUUCAGUAACACAGAGGAAACUGAAGCCUUCACAGAGUUUUUGUCUCUGAUCGGACACAUAGUGAAACUACAGGACUUCAGCGGGUUCCGGGGGGGUCUGGAUGUGGUCCAUGGUCAGACCGGGUCUGAGUCGGUCUACACCGUCCACAAAGGUCAAGAGCUGAUGUUCCACGUCUGCACCAAACUCCCCUACAGCCCCGGAGACCCCCAACAGCUGCAGAGGAAAAGACACAUCGGGAACGACAUCGUGGCCGUGGUUUUCCAAGAGGAGCCGACGCCAUUUUCUCCGGACGUCAUCGCCUCCAACUUCCUCCACGCCUACGUGCUGGUGCAGCCACAAGAGGGCGACGUCUACAAGGUGUCAGUCACAGCUCGAGAGGACGUCCCUCCCUUUGGCCCCCCGCUGCCCCGCCCCCCGCUCUUCCGCAAGGGGUCAGAGUUCAGAGAGUUUCUUUUGACCAAACUGAUAAACGCAGAGAGAGCGUGCUACAAGAGCCAGCGCUUCGCCCGCCUCGAGGAGAGGACUCGCGCGGCGCUGCUCGACUCUCUCCUGGACGAGCUGCAAACGCGCUCCCAGUGCAUGCUGGGAGUGGGGCCCCAGUGCACGAUGGGAGUGACAGAGGAGGAGGGGCGGAGCGAGAAUGGACACGGACACGCCCACGGAGGACUGCUGGAGUCACUUAAAAGGGCGAUGAGGGGUCGCAGCGUCUCCAUGGAAACGAUGUCAAGAGGCCGAUCUGAGCUGCCGUCCAGUCUGAGCAUCUCCAACGAGCUGAGUUCUAGUUCUCCGAUGAAAAGACGUUCUGGAUUAUUCCCUCGUCUCCUCAGCGUCGACAGUCAAACAGACAGACACCGAAGUCUUCUGAGUGAGCAGAGGAGCCUGGACCACCACACGCUGGAGGAGACAGAGCAGGCAGCCAAUCAGAGGUCUACAGAGGCGGGGCAUAGGAGCAGGAAGAAGGACAAGAUCUCCACCUCCAGCUCCUGCAGCUUCAACAGCCACUCUGAAGACCAGAGCCCUCCAGUGGUGGAUGGAGUGAGUCCGAUCAUCUGCCGAAGCCCCACAGAGAAUAAAAACUCUCCCAGAUCCAACCUGAAGUUCCGGUUCGAGCGCCUGUCCCACUCGGCCUCGGGACACUGAGGACCCAGAUCGAGGACCGUGGACGAGAGGAGGCCCGGCGGCGUACCUUUGAGCAAAACACGUCCACCAUUUGCCCACAGACUGUGUAAAGAAGUGACUGAGUGAGUGUGACGUCGCCCACAGCGUUCGGCUCCAAAUGAAGCUCGUCCAGCGGCGAAUCUGGAGAUGAGUUACAUGUUUGGAUUUACGAACGCGAGUAUCAUAGCAACCAAAGAGCCAAUCAGGAGCGACCUCGGGGAAAGAAGGACCUGAUUCGUCUGUUAUUAAUGUUCAUAUCUUGAUUUACAGACACAAUAGUGAAAUAAAAACCCAAGGAUCAUGUAGAGGGUUAAUACGAACAUUUAAGACCAGAAUGAGUCUGAAGCAGCAGAGACAGAGAGAGGAGAUGGUUUAUCAAUAGAAAGUGAACUGGAGCCAGAGUCGAGCAGGAAGUGCGCCCAUGAUCACUUCCUGUUUGGAGAGCGGCGGCAGCAGGUUAGCUCUGUCCAUUUAUAUAAACAGUCUGUGGAUUGACCCAGGCCUCGCUCCUGAAGGACGAGUCAAACAGAAGAAACUAUUUUUCUUAAAGAUGAUGAAAAUAAAUAUAUGCAAUAGUUUUAUUUCUGUUAACAGCUUUAUCAGUGAGACUAAACCAGGACUAAACCAGGACUAAACCAGGACUAAACCAGGACUAAACCAGGACUAAACCUGGACUGAACCAGGACUAAACCAGGACUAAACCAGGACUAAACCAGGACUGAACCAGGACUGAACCAGGACUAAACCUGGACUAAACCAGGACCAAACCAGGACUAAACCAAGACUAAACCAGGACCAAACCAGGACUAAACCAAGACUAAACCAGGACCAAACCAGGACCAAACCAGGACCAAACCAGGACCAAACCAGGACUAAACCUGGACUAAACCUGGACUAAACCAGGACCAAACCAGGACUAAACCUGGACUAAACCAGGACCAUACCAGGACCAAACCAGGACCAAACCAGGACUAAACCUGGACUAAACCUGGACUAAACAAGGACUAAACCAGGACUAAAUCAGGACUAAACCUGGACUAAACUAGGACUAAACCAGGACUGAACCAGGACUAAACUAGGACUAAAUCAGGACUAAACCUGGACUAAACUUGGACUAAACUAGGAGUAAACCUGGACUAAACCAGGUCCAGUCCAGUCUAAUAUUCAGUGGGUGUUUCUUGGAGGUUCAGGGUUUGGAGCAGUUUGCACUGAUUAAAAGCCUUAAAAUGAAAUUAAAAUCCAUAAUUGUAAUUACUCAAUGUCUCAGCACUUUGUACUGUACUUUGACAGAGCUACUGAAGUACUCGAGUAACAGACCGCUAUGAAGUACUCGAGUAACGCACCGCUAUGAAGUACUUGAGUAACGGACAGUUACUUUGAUGGUUUUGCACCAGACGUUUUCUGUACUUUUCGGUCCAAUGUGUCGAUGUGAAACGUGUAAACACAAUGUUCUGUCCCCUGAUGAUGAUGUCACAGCUCACUGUAUCUGUCUGAUGAUGUCACAAAUCUGAAUAAAUGACUGUCAAAG